ACAGCACGUUCGGCCCCACCAUGGUGUCCUGGCUGCUCAGCCGGGUGAUCGUGCUGCUCUUCGGGAUGCUCUACCCUGCCUACGCCUCCUACAAGGCUGUCAAGAGCAAAAACAUCCGGGAAUACGUCCGCUGGAUGAUGUACUGGAUUGUCUUUGCCCUCUUCAUGGCCAUGGAGACCAUCACUGACCUGCUCAUCUCCUGGUUCCCCUUCUACUACGAGCUGAAGAUGGCCUUUGUGCUCUGGCUGCUCUCCCCCUACACGCGCGGGGCCAGCCUGCUCUACCGCAAGUUCGUGCACCCCACCCUGUCCUCCAGGGAGAAGGAGAUCGACAGCUACAUCGUCCAGACCAAGGAGCGUGGCUACCAGGCCAUGGUGAGCUUCGGCAGGAGGGGACUCAACUUGGCAGCCACAGCUGCAGUCCAGGCAGCCACCAAGAGCCAGGGCGCUCUGGCCGGGCGCCUGCGCAGCUUCAGCAUGCAGGACCUGCGCUCCCUCCCCGACCAGACCCCCCUGCACUACCAGGAGCCUCUCUACCUGGAGGAGCAGGAGCACCCCAGACAGCUGCUGGCCUACGGCGCGGCCUCGGGCGGGCGGCGGUGCGAGAGCGAGACGGAGGAUGAGGAGCUCUGGUCGGACUCUCCAGGCUCUUCUGAGCCUCCCCCCUGGAGCAGGGACCCCAGACCCCCCUCCCGCAGCCAGAGCCUGCGUGUGCCCAAGAAGAAGCCAGCAAGCAAAGAGGGCUCCUCGCGGCCCCUGCGCAGCCGCAGCAGGAGGAAGGCUCCGGCGGAGGACAGCUGA